CCCCACCCCCCCUAGCUCCAAGGAUCGUGGGGCCGCUGUGGGGCUUUACUUUCGUCUCCUAGCUCAGCUCUUGCCCAGAAGGUUGCUACAUCAAGCUGGGUGUAGAUCUCGGCAUGGAAACCCCCUGAUGGGUUUGGGCUUCUUCUCUGUGCCCGAGCCAGGGCUUCGCAGCUCUGCGCCUGUGCUUGCCCGGGGGCGCAGGGAGGUUUGCAGGCAGCCGGACGGGGACGUUGGAGCAGGUCACCAAAAAGGUGGCUGAGGAGAUGGGAGCAGGGAGCUUGGCUUAGAGGGUUCUAAGCAUCGGGAGCAGGUCCCCAGCCAAGGCACUAGGUCCCCGGGCAAGGCAUCAGGUUCCCGGGCAAGGCAUCAGGUCCCCGGGCAAGGCACCAGGUCCCCAGCCAAGGCACCAGCAUCAUGUUCAGCAGGUCAGGAUAUCAGGCUCUUCCCUUAGGAGACUUUGAUCGCUUCCAGCAGUCCAGCAUUGGGCUCUAUGGUGCCCAGAAGGGCUUCUUCUCCUUUGGAUCCAAGGAAGACCCUCUGGGGCCAGCUGGGAAUACGACAGACUCCUCCCAGGGUUGGCUGUCCUGGAUCUGCCAUGGCAUUAUCACCUCCUUGGUUUUCCUGCUGCUAGUCGUCACCUUCCCCAUCUCAGGAUGGUUUGCCUUGAAGGUCGUGCCCACCUAUGAGCGAAUGAUCGUCUUCCGCCUGGGCCGCAUCCGGGCACCACAGGGACCUGGCGUGGUCCUGCUGCUGCCCUUCAUCGACCACUGGCAGCGAGUGGAUCUGAGGAUGAGGGCCUUCAACGUGCCCCCUUGCAAGCUGACCUCCAAGGAUGGGGCAAUCAUCUCCAUGGGUGCCGACAUCCAGUUCCGGGUGUGGGACCCUGUGCUGUCCGUCAUGAUGGUGAAGGAUCUCAUCGCUGCCACCCGGAUGACAGCACAGAAUGCCAUGACCAAGACCUUGAUGAAGAAGAGCCUCCGUGAGAUCCAAGUGGAGAAGCUGAGGAUUGGGGAGCAGCUGCUGCUGGACAUUAACGACAUGACCAAAUCCUGGGGGCUGGAAGUGGACCGAGUGGAGCUGAGCAUGGAAGCUGUGCUGCAGCCACCUAGGGAGAACCUGGUGGGCCCUCUGGCCACCAUGCCAGCUGUGCCUGGGCUGGAUGGCAGCAUUCAGCAGCUGGCUGCCCACUUCUUCAGCAACACCGUGGCUCUGGCAGGCAGCGGGAAGGGCACACCAGAGGCAGGUAACCAAGACAGCGUGGAGACAGUGGACGAGGUGGAGCCUCCCACUGCUCCCCUCCUCCCUGCCGCUAGCAGCAGCCGGAGGAAGCCCAGCGCCGAUGAGCUGCUCUCAGCAGUGGAGCUUGUCCUCUCUGAGACCCUGGUCAGCCAGGUGGGAGCAUCCUACCAGGUCAACAUCACCCUGCCCAGUGGUACCCAGAGCACCUACUUCAUAGACCUCUCCUCAGGCAGUGGGCGAGCUGGGCGCGGCGUGCCCGAGGGCAGCCCUGACGUCGUGCUGGAGGUGGCAGAGAAAGACCUGCAAGACCUCUUCUUGGGUGACCUGCGCCCCUUGGCAGCCUACAUGAGUGGGAGGCUGCAGGUGAAAGGGGACCUGCAGCUGGCCCUCAAGCUGGAGGAGCUGGUGAAGGCCAUGAAGCAGCGUGGAUAGAGCCUGGGCACGUGGGUGCCCCUCUGUGUGCAUGUCUCUGGGGGGGGGUCUGGAGGUGGCUGCCUGCUGCCAGCCUCGUCCUGCUGACCUCCUGCUGUUCUCCUCGUGGAGGCUGCAAGGGCUGGAGGAGGACCUGGGCAGGGGGGAACCUGAAGCUGAGCUCCCUUGUCUAUGUCCAUGGCUUUGCCACCCUUGCCCAGCCUUCGCCUACGAUGUUACAGGAUGAGAAGCAGUUGGCACCUCGGCAGGUACCAGUUUGCUUCCAGGUCCCUUGGCCCAUAUGCCACCAGGGGACAGACUGAGCUGAGCAGAUGGAAUAAGAGCAGAACUUGAUGAUGCUGUGGGCAAGGAUGGGGCAAGGGUAGCCAAAAUGAGGCAUGUAGGCUUGCUGGACCGGGCUGGGACUCCACCAGCAGGCUGGCAUCGGGGUCCAACGUGGCACUGCUAACAAUAGAGUGGCAUUUCUGGGCAAGGAGCUGGAGUGGCAACCUGCCUGGGGGUACCUGAGUCUUCUUUAAGUGGUGGUUGGCAACCAGUGGUUGCUCUCUCGUUUGUGCUUCAGUGUGCUCUUGUGUGGUGCCACGAGGUCUGUCCCUGGGGGUGUGGGAGGCAAGGAAAGAGAUCUAUUUAUUUUGGAAGCGUCUUUGCUAUCGUCUCUUGGUGGACAAUAAACUUGGUCUGCAGCCUUCA